CCUCGCUCUACCCUACGUCGCUGUGCUCUUGCUCUUCCUCUGGGUAUUCGAUCCACGCCAGAGUUUCCACCGAAUCGAGGUUAGCUCCUUCCCUUUCUCCAUACACAAACCAUCGUCUUCUCGCCGUCAGCUCUUGACGUCCCAAGAGGAUGAGGGGGGAGCUUUGUUCUGAGAUCGGCCCUUGAAGACACCUACGUUCUCGAACCACCGCCGCUCGCCCUCACUCCUGCUAGCAGCGUUGAAUGUAUCGACUGUUUGGAGCUCAAAUUGCUGCCAAUCUUCUGGCCGUGCGGGUAAACCAGUUGUGAAAUGGACCGAGGUAGAGAGUUGGUUCCGGAAGAGGCAACAAGGCAUCACACCACCACUUUGCUCCGAAACUGGUGCUUCGAAAGAUGGUUCAAUGUUGCCAGGGCCUAGUCCUGCGAAUGAGUCUAAUGGUACCUCCAAAAAGGAUACAGGAAAUAUGCAAGAUCGGUCGACCAUACAAUUUGAAGCAAAGUCAUCAAAAGAUGGUGCUUGGUAUGAUGUUGAGUUGUUCCUUUGCAACAGAAAACUACCAUCAGGAGACCUUGUUGAAGGAAGUUCGUGUCAGAUUUGAAGGAUUUGGGGCAGAGGAGGACGAAUGGGUAAAUGUAAGAGAGGCAGUCAGACAACGGUCUGUUCCCGUGGAUCCUUCAGAAUGCCAUUCGGUGAAUGUUGGGGAUGUAGUAUGCUGCUUUCAGGAGAGGAAGGAUUAUGCGAUGUAUUACGAUGCUCAUGUGAUCGAAAUUCAGAGGAAACUGCAUGAUAUAAGGGGCUGCAGGUGCAUUUUCAAGAUACGGUACAAUCAUGACAACGUGGAGGUCAGAAUCUCGAUCGUUGUUCUUCCCCGCGGGGCUUGUUAAUAUUUGGGUUGUUGCUGACUCUGGAAUUGGUUCUUUUGCUGUUGUUGCCAGGAAAGAGUUCGUCUUAGAAGACUCUGUUAUCGCCCAACACCUUGACGCAAGAAUCAAGAGAAGCUAUCUUUCAGUAAAUGGGAAGCUGGCAUUACCUUCCCGCUUGUUGAAAUUUGACUGUAGUCUGCGCAGUAGGGACUUUGUUCAGAGUCUAGAGAACUUCAUGGUUGCGCAUAGCAGAAUGUAGAUGGCCAAAACUAUUGAGGCUUUGGGGGGAGAAAGUGUCGCCAGUAGCUUUCU